CCGGUUGCUGAGGACGGGCAAAUCUUCCCCUAUGUGUGCAACUGUUCGGAGACCAAGUGAAAUCCUGGUUUGCAGUCUGUGAUAGCUCCUGAUGGCUGUGUACGUGGAUCACCGAGUAGGUGCUCCUGAGUCAGUUGCCUCCCCGUCUCAUAUAACGUGGCACUCGAUCCAUCCACUCUUGGCAGUUGCUUCCAUCAGCACAGCAUCUGGGGGCUGUGUGGAUAUCUAUCUGGAACAGGGAGAACAUGUGUCUGAUGCACAUGUUGAGAAAAGCUUUCAGGUCACAUCACUUUCCUGGCACCCUUCCAGGCCGAUUCUUGCAGCAGGCUGGGAGACUGGAGAAGUUACAAUACUUAACAAACAAGACAAGGAGCACCAUGCUGUGCCACCAACUCAUAACACCAAAAUUACAGUCCUAAACUGGAGUACAAAUGGUACCCACCUUGUGUCUGGUGACAGGCAUGGUGUCUUGGUUCUAUGGAGAAUGGACCAAAGAGGUCGAGUGCAAGGUACGCCCGUGCUGAAACACGAGUAUGGAAAACGUCUGUCUCACUGCAUCUUUCGACCACCACCUCCUGGCGAGGAUUUUGUACAGCUGGCAAAAGCAGCUGUGAGUGGUGAUGAGAAAGCCUUAGAUAUGUUUAACUGGAGAAAAGCUGGAACAGGAGCACCACUGAAAAUGGGACUCCAGGAAGGACUGUCUUUCUUUGUCACGUUGACGGAUGGUUCUGUGCAUUGUGUGAAUGAGAAAGGAAAGACAAGCCAUGUAUUGUCAGCAGACAGUCUGGUACAAAAACUUCUGUUCAUGGAGAAAGGAGAUGUAUUACUUGUCAUAACAGAAAACCUGCUGUUGUCCUUGCAUAAAAUUACUCCUGAGGGAGAAGCAGAGGAGCUCAUGAAGGUGAAGUUGAGUGGGAAGAUAGCUCAUUCUGCAGACAUCAUUUUAAUAGACCAUAGCCUUAUUGUUACAGCAAUAGGUGAGACAGUAGUCAGGUUCUGGGAUUUGGACCGAGGUGAGAAUUAUGUGCUAUCCCUAGAUGUGCAAUUUGGAUUUGAGGCAGGAGAGUGUAUUAACUGUGUUUCCUACUGCAGUGCCAAAGGUCUCCUAGCAGCUGGUACUAACAAAGGGAGAAUAGCUAUGUGGAGGAAGGCAUCAGGAUCCAGUCAGAGCACCCAGGCUUUGGAGAACAAGGAGAAGUGGAAGCUCCAAGCACCUACAGAACUUGAAGGAAAUAUCACUCAGAUAAAGUGGGGCUCUCGAAAAAAUCUUCUAGCAGUGAACAGCAUCAGCUCUGUGGUGAUCCUCAGUGAGCAGGCCAUGUCGUGUCAUUUUAAUCAGCAAGUGGCUGCUGUACAAGUGUCUCCCAGCCUGUUUAACGUGACCUUCUUCAGCACAGGAACCACACACAGUCUUCAUGUUGAUAUGACUGUUAAUGGAGUCUUUGCUACUAAGGAUGCUGUAGUAUUUUGGAAUGGGAAGCAAGUUACUGUCUUUGAGUGUUCAGAAGAUACCUUAAGAAGUGCAGGCUCUUUUCUUUGUGACUCUCCAGUUCUGUCAGUGCAUGGAGAAAAUCUGUACACGGUUGAGCCAUAUCGGGUCCAAGUCCGUACCUGGCAGGGAACAGUUAAGCAGCUUUUGGUGUUCUCUGAAGCAGAGGGAAAUCCGUGCCUCUUGGAUGUCUGUGGAAACUUCUUGGCUGUGGGAACUGAUUUGGCUCACUUCAAAAUCUUUGAUCUCUCUCGCAGAGAGGCAAAAGUGCACUGCAAUAGCAAGAACUUCUCUGAGCUGUUUCCUGGCCUUGGAAGCAUUGCAUCUGUCAAGUGCAAUGCUAACGGCAACAAAGUCAGCAUCCUCGUUAGCAAGGCAAAUGGGAGCAUUGAUUCCAAGAUCUGUUUCUAUGAUGUUGAAGUGGACAAAGUUACAGUCUUUAAUUUCAAGGAUGAACAGGGGAAUGGUAGAGAGAAGCUUUCUUCUGGACAACGUAUUGACAGGUCUGUUGUGGAGUAUCCAGACUUGCAGAGUCACAUCCCUGUUCGCCAUUUCUGGGACAACAGUGAACCAAGACUUUUUGUAUGUGAAGCAAUUCUUGAACCAGGCCUACAAUCCCCAAACCAGAACAAAAACCAGACUGAGAGCACGAUGGAUGUCUGGAUUAUGUCAUUCUUCAGCAGUGAAGAACAUGGCCUUUUGCUUCAAGACAGCUUCCCAUUGCCUUCAUUGUACCAAGUUCUUCUGGGUAUUGAGGUGCCACAUUAUUACUUUGCAAAAAAGCCAGGAGAAACUGAGAAAGGACAAGAGUCAGGCUCAAUAAAGGUCUUGCAGAUGGCUGCCAGAAGACCCAUGAGAGAUUUUAUUGGAUUAGGAGACUGUGAUAAGACUACUCAGGAUGCCAUGCUGAACUUCAGCUUCUAUCUGACUGCUGGAGACAUGGAUGAGGCCUUCAAAUCCAUCAAGCUGAUAAAAAGUGAGGCUAUCUGGGAGAACAUGGCUCGCAUGUGUGUGAAGACUCACAGGCUUGACGUUGCCAAAAUUUGCCUUGGAAACAUGGGUCAUGCAAGAGGAGCCAAAGCAUUAAGGGAGGCUGAACAAGAACCAGAGGAGGAAGCCAGAGUCGCUGUGCUAGCAAUUCAGCUGGGCAUGCUGGAGGAUGCGGAGCAACUGUACAAGGCUUGCAAACGCUAUGACCUGCUGAACAAGUUCUAUCAAGCCUCAAACCAGUGGCAGAAAGCCAUUGAAACAGCCGAAGCUCAUGACCGGGUUCACCUGCGUACCACUUACUACAACUAUGCUAAGCACCUGGAGGCAGUGGGGGAGCACAGCCUUGCCCUCACGCACUACGAGAAGUCGGAUACACACAGGUUUGAGGUACCCCGAAUGCUCUCUGAAAACUUACAAGCCCUGGAGAACUACGUCAACAAGAUGAAAGACAAGAGCCUGUGGAAAUGGUGGGCACAGUAUCUGGAGAGCCAGUCAGCUAUGAAAUCUGCACUGAAGUACUAUGCACUGGCUCAGGAUUAUUUUUCCCUAGUCCGUGUCCACUGCUUUCAGGGCGACAUUCAGAAGGCUGCUGAAAUAGCGAACGAAACAGGGAACUGGGCAGCUUCAUACCACUUGGCCCGCCAGUACGAGAGUCAGGGUGAAAUCAAGCAGGCUGUACAUUUCUACACCAGGGCCCAGGCAUUUAACAACGCCAUUCGCUUGUGUAAGGAGAACAAUUUAGAUGACCAGCUGAUGAACCUGGCUCUUCUGAGCUCUCCAGAAGACAUGAUAGAGGCAGCCUGCUAUUAUGAGGAAAAAGGGGAGCAAAUGGACAGAGCUGUCAUGUUGUACCAUAAGGCAGGACAUUUCUCCAAAGCUCUGGAGCUAGCCUUUGCCACACAGCAAUUUGGGGCCCUACAGCUAAUUGCUGAAGACCUGGAUGAGAAAUCAGACCCAGCUCUGCUAGCACGCUGUUCUGAUUUUUUUAUCGAACACGCUCAGUAUGAGAAGGCAAUGGAAUUGCUGCUAACAGCCAAAAAGUACCAAGAAGCUCUGCAACUUUGCCUGAAGCAGAACCUGACCAUCACAGAGGAGAUGGCUGAGAGAAUGACAGUGUCUAAGGACUCCAAGGACCUCUCUGAGGAGUCCCGGAGAGAGCUACUGGAACAAAUUGCUGAUUGCUGCAUGAGACAAGGCAACUACCACUUGGCAACCAAGAAAUAUACACAAGCAGGAAACAAGUUAAAGGCUAUGAGGGCACUGAUGAAAUCUGGAGACACAGAGAAAAUCAUCUUUUUUGCGGGAGUCUCCAGACAGAGAGAGAGUUACAUCAUGGCAGCCAACUACCUACAAUCACUGGAUUGGCGCAAGGACCCAGAGAUUAUGAAGAACAUCAUUAGCUUCUAUACUAAAGGAAGGGCCCUUGACCUGUUGGCAGGAUUCUAUGAUGCAUGUGCUCAGGUAGAAAUCGAUGAGUAUCAGAAUUAUGAGAAGGCACAAGGAGCACUUACAGAAGCAUGUAAGUGCCUUUCAAAAUCAAAAACUAUUAGUCUUCCGGACCAGGAAAGCAAACUCACACAUUUGCAAAGCAAGAUGGCCCUGAUCAAACGAUUCCUUCAUGCUCGGAGAGUUUAUUCUGAGGAUCCCAAAGAAGCAAUCAGACAAUGUGAACUUCUUCUAGCUGAGCAAGAUCUUGACAGCGCCAUCCGUCAGGGUGAUGUCUUGGGAUUUCUGGUUGGACAUUACUUACGGGUGGAGGAAUUCCAUGUGGCUUACCGGUAUCUGGAAGAGAUGCGGAAAAGAAUUCCAUGCACAAACCUGACUUACUAUGUCAAUCAGCAGACCAUCGAGGCAGUUCACAGAGGAGUAGGCAUUCCCAUAAACCAAAGCCUGUUUCCAGAGCAAAGUCACCACAGCAGUAUGGAGACCAAGGAAGUGGAAGAGGAGGUGGCUGAGGAAGUGGAGGAUCCCUGAUAAUUUGUACUUACCAAAGACUUUAACACUAGGUCAUUUAUUCUGUCCUCAUUAGGGGUCACACCAGUCAACCCACUGCUGCAGACAGACUUUUUGGUUAUUACCAAGAAAUUUAUUUUUUUCUGCUUGACUGUACAAGCAACAUUACUGAAAUUAUGUAUCAUUUCAAACACUACAUACAAAGAGCUGGGUAUAUAGACCCUGUUCUUAAUCUAGUUUUAGUAUUUUAAUAAAUUUGAAGGGAAAAAAAGA